AUGCUCAAGCUCCAGGUCACAUCCCCGUCGCCGGACACGACACUCCCCGCAACCCCGACAUUAGCGGAGCUCAGCAGGAACGCUUCUGUCAUUUCCUCUUCUUCAUCCAACUCCUCUGCACCGGACCUCACUCUCACCACCCCAGUCCGCCCCCGCCCUAUCCGUAACUUCUCGGCUCCGAGGACAAACCUCCGUGAGCGGAGCCCGCAUUCUCCCACCUCCCCACUUGGACCGCGCCCCCCUCCAUACCUCACGAAAGAGCUCGGAUACCCCGAAGAUGACGGUAUGCCCCUACGCCCCCCCGCGUCCCGGGGCCAGUCCAAGUCUCGGAACAGCUCCGUGACAGGCAGGAUGACCGUGGACGACUUCGAGUUCAUGGAGGAGCUCGGCCAGGGCUCGUAUUCGACCGUUUGGCAUUGCCGACUUCUCGCCACAGGGCAGGAGUAUGCCAUCAAGCGGAUAGACAAAGCGCAUCUCAAGCGACACCAGAAGGAGCAGACCGCGCUCGCAGAGAAGAACACGCUCGUACGGCUGGGUUCUGGGCACCCGGGUAUUGUGCGGUUACACUGGACCUUCCAGGACGAAUGGAGCCUCUUCUUUGUGCUUGAUCUUGCGAGGAAUGGAGAACUGCAAACACGAAUAUCCCGAAUGGGCUCCCUGUCCAUCGAAUGCGUCCGCUAUUAUGCCGCGCAGAUCGUCGACGCGUUGGGCUAUAUGCACUCUAAAGGAGUGAUCCACCGGGACUUGAAACCUGAGAACCUCUUACUGGAUGACGCCUUCCGGAUAAAGAUUACUGACUUCGGAACGGGCAAACUUCUGGACUCCGGAGGUGAGCCUACCAAGACAUUUGUGGGGACCGCCCAGUAUGUCUCUCCAGAAUUGCUAGAACACAACGAGAGCAGCAAGAGCUCUGAUUUUUGGGCUCUGGGCUGCAUCAUAUAUCAAAUGAUCGCUGGGCGAUUCGUCUUCCGAGGCCUGGCCGAUUGGCAGAAAAUCAAGCAGCUUGAGUAUGACUUCCCCGAGGGCUUCGACGAACAGGCGCAGGAUCUUGUGCGGAAGCUUCUCGUCCGCGACCCUGAUCAACGAUUAGGUGCCGGGCCAUCCGGUAGCCCGUACGAUAUGAAGGCGCUCCGCAGCCACCCUUUCUUCGCAUCAAUCAACUGGCGGAACUUGUGGUCGGGCCCCGCGCCCCCCUUAGAGGCCGGACUAAUCAAGAAGGACGCACCACAACCGUCGAACAUCAGCCUUCGCUUAGCUUGGGACGAGCUGGACGAGAACGCCAUCGAGGACGAAGAUGAUCAGGACGAGCUGGACGACGCUGUCAGCUGGACAUCCAACGGUGGCGGGACUGAGCACCAAUAUAGCCCCACCAGAACCAACGGUCAUGCACCAGCCGAGCUCAUCGGACCUCAUGGCGAGCGGAAAACGGACGGUUUCCCGCCGCUCCCGCUGUCAAACGUGGAAGAAGAGCGGAGCAGUAUGAGCGAUGGCGUGCGUUUCGUCUCACCUUCCCAGGCGUCGUCAAUACCUGAGGACGAGGUCCGUGACACCGUUCACGACGUUUUGGACGUCCCGGUCCCCACGCGUUCCUUGCCGAUCGACGUCCCACGCGUGCGCGGGCCUGGUUCGCAUUCCACAGGGUCGAUCAGCAGCUCCUCCGAUGGCAGCCCAGUUGACAAGCUGGCUGCGGCGCUAGACGAGGCAGCGCGGGGCCGCCCCAGGGCGCAGACGCCCAUACAAGGCAAUGGCUUGCACGACCCGGAGCUGUAUGUCGCUUCCCUUGCUCUCGCUUUCUUCCGCGUGUUUUACGUCCCGCUCCCCUUCCCGUGGUCGUGCGAAACGCUCACUGGGAUUGCCGAACGCAGGAACUCGCUGAUGCUACCCGACGAGCAUGUCAUCUUCAACACGCUGGUCGAGGUGGGGGGCCCGAAGCGGCGCGCGAGCCGGCUCCUGGCGAUGGCGGUCGCCCCGAAGAAACACCAGCAGCAGCCCCCGCGGCAGCUCGUGCUGACGACGCACCGGCUGCUGUGCGUGAAGAGCAAGCCGGGCCGGGCUGUGCAGAUCCGCACGGAGCUCUUCGUGAAGCCGCCGGCGGCGGGCAACAAGGACAAGGACAAGGAUCUGCGCAGCCUCGUUCUGUCCAUCGAGGCGAAGGGCGAGCGCGAGUUCGUCGUCAUCACGGUACGUCGGUCCAUCUCCCCGCCGGAUGUUUCGGGUGUGAUGAGGUGCUGA